UACGUUGAACUUGAACGCUCAGGGCCAGGGACUAGUAUGAGUCAUGGAUCAGAAACCGACCUAGGCUGUGUAUUCAUGCAAUGGGCCACGGUAGCCCGUCGUCAUACCGGAAACUGAAUCAACCGAGGCCUGCUAGUGUAUAAGGCGACCCGUGUCAAGUCUCUCCCCAUUUUGAUAAAGGCUGAUGUGCACAACGACUCAACGGAGUUCAGAGUCAACAUACAUACCAAAGAAAUCGCAGAAAUCAUGCCGAGCGCUGGAGCAGGCACACUCGCUCUCUCUGCUGUACUGGCGACCAUCAGCCUUCAGUACACAGCUUCACUGAGCCUCGACGAAGGCCCACAAGCGCAGGUUGCCGCAAACGUGGGCGACACGGUCGUACUCACUUGCGACUUGCGGAAUGUUGGGGAAAGGAGGGUGCACUGGUACCACCAGGAGACCCACCGAUAUCUCAGCAUAAACAGAGUCAUAUAUAGGCGGCUCCCCGAUGAGCUGGAGACACGACUGACGAUCCUCGGCGAUCCCAGUCGAGAGCAGUUUAAUCUGAGGAUAGAAUAUCUCCGGCAGUCCGACAGUGGGACUUACAUCUGCCAGCAUGCGUUUCCAGAAGGACUGGCCACGUCGGUGGCGAGUUCUACCUUGACAGUGUACAUCCCACCGGACCCUGGGUCACCAGAAUGCCGUGUGGACUCGAGUCGAAGAACUGCAGCUCAGGUCGGCGACUGGGUGACCCUUCGCUGUACCUCAACAGGUAACCCGCCACCCUUGGUCUCGUAUCACAGAGGGGACUCCGGUGAGGUCUUGGCCAGCACGACAUCCCCCGUGGCCCUUCAGUGGCAGUUGAUGCCGAAGGAUAACGGAGUGGACUUCACUUGCACCAUGACGUCCCCGGUCCUGAGCGGGCCAAGAACCUGCUCCGUGAGACCCCUGGAGAUAUUUCCGACAGCAGAGGUGUCACCGGCGCAGCUGACAGCAGAAGAAGGAACCCGUGCAUCCUUGGAUUGUCGAGGGUUCGGUGAGCCCAACAUCGCAAGGUACCGAUGGGAGAUCAGAGACACACUGACCCGGAGAGAACUGCCUGCGAACCGCUACUGUCUCAAUCCUUCCAGCCAGUCUGUGGAAAUCUCAUCAGUGCGAGAAAACAUCACCGCCACCUGCUUUGUCUCCACCCCCAGCGGCUUGUCAGGCAGUGCAACUGCCAUGGUCAAUGUGAUUCCCCCUAACAUAGUCACUACCGUUGGCUUGAAGUUUAACAGUACCUCCUGGGCACAUAAUGAUAAGACGACAAUUUCACCUCCUGCAAACACCACUCUCGCUACUAGCUCCACCUCAUCACUGUCAGCUAGAGGGAACUCUCGGCGUCCCAUUACUGCUGAACCGACUGGGAUCACGCUGCCCAUUACGCCAAUUGUUGCCGUCUCUGCAGCAAUCCUGGCCACACUCGUUGUCAUCAUUUGCAUCUUCUGCGUGCGUCGCCGCAGGCAGAAGCGCAGGAAACCGUUGGCGUCUAGCCUCCGGUACGACAAGGUUCGAGGCGGCAGUAGCGAGGAGUACUUCGGCGUAAGCUCUCCGACCAAGACAGCCGACACCACGGUCCAAAUGCAGCCCAUCGUGACUACCGAAGCCUGCCCACUGUACGCAGUGCCGGAUAAACCUAGACGGGGCCAGCCCCGGAACCUGGAAGAGGACCAGUUCUUAUCCAGCUCCGGGAUUCCACUGAAGGCGGUGUCUAACAAGCGGAGGAGAAACGGCUUCAAGAGGAGGCCGGCCCUGCGGCCUACCAGCUCCGCAGCAAACCACGCAGAAGGAACGGACUCUACACUGUGCGUCCAGCCAAAGAAGACAUCUAAACGAGUCAAAUGGAACCUGGACAUCAAUGGCUUCAGUGGAACAAAAUCGGGAGGCUCCAAAACAGCGGAAACUAAUUUAAUGUACGCUGACUUAGAUCUUGAUUCUUCGACAAGCAGCUCAGGAUCAAACGGUGACUCGACCAGACAAUCCACAGUAAGCACUGCGGAGGAGACGAUCUACGCACAGAUUUCCAACCGGAAACCAGUUUCUUUGGAUUUCGGUAACUUAUUAUAAACAAAAGACCAAGUGUGGCUGACUAUCAUCAGCGAACAGCGAUAAUCCCUUUUAAAGUAAAUACGCAUUUAAAAAACUUUUAACCAAUGGAUAAUUUUGUUGACUGCCAACCAGUGAUAUUGUAUGGGUUAUAAAAGUAUUGUUUCAUUAUAAAGUUGUCCUGCCCAAAAACCUGCAAAGAAAGUCAACAACUGAAUAUUAUAUUAUUGGUCAAGAUAUAUGCAUGCAAGGUGAUUAUGCAAACUAUAAUGUCACAUACUGUACUAGUUUUUAUAUAGCCAAUCAUGACAACUGAAUGAGCAAUGAAUAAAACUCAGUUAAAAAAUACAGCACAAUACUUACCGAACAGCCUGAGACGUAAACAAAGACACUGUUGUGUACUUUAAAUUACACAAUAUACAUGUAACUCCAAACGCCAGUAAAUGUUACUUGUCACGGUCAUGAUACAUGCACACAUGUAAUCGCGUAUCUGUUAUUUUAAACAGCAGUAUUUAACGGUUAAUCCUGAGCCAGAUGCAUCACUACAAGGCAACUAUAAAAAGUAGUUAUACUACCAAUAUAAUUCUGGUAUGGUUAUAUUAUGUAACUUAUGAUUGACCUAUUUGUAUAAAUACAGAUGCUUAUAUUUUUGGUAAACAAGGGUGAAAUUAAAUUGUCGAUUGAAUACAAUUGUUAUCGAAUAUAAACUACUCCUGGUCAUACAUGUACUUUUUAAACAGACAUACUGAGUAUAGUUCUUCGUUUUUCUCAACACUUCUGAAUACGCACUAGGAGACAUCCUUCUUUAAUGUGUAAAAGUUAAGAACUGGAUCAGGUGAAUGUGAUGGUGUUAUCAAUAAUGUUUACAUUACACCGUGAUAUUUGGGGGAGGGGGAGGAAUCGAAAUCUACGUCGAUUAUUUCGGAAAUGCAAACACCGACAUUGAUGUCAAAUGCUUCGAUUCGUGUUGAUACUUGGUCAUUUUCCUUACGAUCUUGGUGAAAUGCUUCUAUGUG